AUGGUGGCCAUCGCCCGUGCUCUCUGGCCGUGGAUUCUGGUAGCCGGGUCCUUGGUCGGCGCGGUUUCCGCUCAGUCGUCGGGAACCUCGUCCAGCUCGGCAGCGUCCUCAUCUUCGCGCACUUCCUCUCAAUCCGGCUCCUCCACGGCGAGCGCGACUCGAACGUCACUUUCCCUGACCACGAGCUAUGUCACCACUUCAACCAUCAUUCAGUCAGGCGGCGAGAACAUCACAACUGUGCCUACGGUCAUCCCUGUGUCGACAUACAAUGUCACGAUUACCUCCAACGCGACCUCCUCUGCGACCUCCUCUGCAACCUCCUCUACGACCACUUUGAACAGCACGGCCUCGGCUUCUGCUUCUGCUUCUGCCGACUCUGCAUACACUCUAGACACAAGAAUUGACCCCGCGUUCGGCGUCCUGGGUGCCUUGCUGAUCCUCACCGGUUUGCCCAGCGUAUUCUGGGGACACAAGAAUCGCUGGUCAUCGCUGUUCCUUAUCGGUGUAUACACCUUCGCGCUCGUUUGUUUCGUGCUCAUCGUAAGGUUUGGUGUUCUGCAAGCGCUUAACCCGCCUAGUACCGCUGUCCGCGGCCUUUUCAUGUUGGCUUGCGGGAUCGCGGGGAUAGCAGGAGGAGGGAUCGCCAUAUUCUUCUGGCAGGCUACGAGGUACUUUGUCGGUGCUUGGGGUGGAUUCGUCGUCGCCAUGUGGGUACAGUGCUUCAAGGCGGGUGGCUUGAUAUCACCCAUUGGCUUCCGAUGGAUCCUCUACAUCUGCUCUGGUGCAGUGGGUUUCGUCCUUUGCACCAUCCCAAAGCUUCACUACCAUAUUCUUCUGCUCUCUACUGCAUUCGUCGGUGCAACCGCUGUCAUUCUGGGGAUCGAUUGUUUCACCACCGGUGAUCUCAAGGAGUUCUACGUGUGGAAUCUCGGCUUCACUGCCCUUUUCCCCAAAUUCACGGACAACGGCAUCGCAUUCCCCAUAAACCAAACGAUGGAGAUCGAGCUUGGUCUCAUGGGUGCGGUCGCACUCAUGGGUAUCGCUGUGCAGUUCCAGGUGCUCAAGGUACUUCAGGUUAAGCUAAAGGAGAUCCAGAGCGAGGCCAAGCGUCGCAACGAAGAAGCCGAGGCUCGGGCUGCUUUAGCAUUCGUUGACAUCGAUCAAGAGAAAGCGGAAUGGGAGCGUGAUCAUUCUAUGCUGUACAAGCAUGGCCGAAAGGAGAGCGAUUUCUCCUCAUUGUUGAAAGAUGGUUGCGAUAGAGGCACACCGACUCCUGAUGACAACAAUACGUCCGGGUCCACUGUCGUACAGCACCCCCGUCAGCGUUAUCAAUCCGGAGUGUCCGACUUCGUUGCUGCUACUGCCCCUAGUGAGGAGUUCAACCGUUCGGCUAGCAAGUUGCUGCAAACCCCUGGGGCGCUACCCGUGCUCGAUCUAGGGACCGACAUCGAGAAUGACGUCCCUCAAGGCUACAUCGCUGGUUCGGAUCAUCCGAAGACGUCUAAGGAGAAGGAGAAGGAAAAGGGUCUUUUGAACUCUAGCGAAUUGGAGGAUCUGCGGCGGAAAGAGGAGCUCCUGGCGGAGAUCCAGACAAUCAGGAAAUCCAUCGAGAUCUUGAAAACGGAAACUCCAGAUCCCUCAUCAUCUUCCAGUUCACGUCACCCGUCGUUUACUUCUCGGGACUUCGGUAAUCUCAGUGCUCCUUCGCACCUGCGGCCUCCGCGACAAGCUGACCCUCGCGGUCGCGUGCAGUCUUUGAUGCUGUCAAACAUGUCGACGGCAUCCAACUUGGGACAGUCGAUUGGCAGACCCUCCAGUGCGCCGCUACGGGACGACGAUUGGGAUACGUACGUGCGGGACCGUAAGCUGCUGCAGCCGCCGUCUGGGGUAACCGCCCCGAUUCCAACCACCCCCAUAAGCGUGCCCAUCUCACCAGCGGUGGAGGAGGCACUUAUGCACCGGAAGCGGCUCGAGAGUGCCUUGACGUCGACUCAAGUAGAAAAGCCUGUGGAAACCGAGAAUAUGCGUCAUUCCCGGAACCCCUUCUUGACCUCCCCUAGCAGUGAGAUUCCCAUCGUUCUGCGGACAGAUCAUGCUCCGAUCGACCAGAGCAAGUCACGCCCUCCACCUACUGGAGGCGCACCCGUUGUGAUUCUUCCUCCUCGAAGACAGACGGUAUCUCCUACUCCGCAGCCAGCGGAGGAGCGUGUACCCUGGACAACGCAUACGUACGAGGAGCUCGCGGAACGGCACCGCCAGAAAAUGAAGCAGAUGCAGGAGCCGAUAACUCGUCAUGAGCAGGAGCAGAUCGAAAUCCAGGAGGCGAAGCGUCGAUGGGAAAAAGCGAAGGCUGCUGAGAAGCAAGCCACGGCGAAGCGACAGGCCCAGCGUGCUGCUAUCGUGGGCAAAGGCGAGGGCAAGCAUGACAAGCCGGGCGAGCAUCCGGAUUCUUCGAAGCGGAAGUCGAAGGCGCUUCACGACUCUGAAGGGAACGAUGGGGAGUCACGGCCGCUGAGCACGGACGUGCUGACGGCAGUGCAGGGAGGGGGCACGUCGUCGAGGCGGAUGUCGAUGCUCAAGGUCAAGGACUGGCAGAGGUACCAGGAAGACGUCGAGCGGAGCACGCGGCCCGAGGAGCACACGACGCAGUCGCGCCGCCCACCUGCAGUGCCCUUCCCUGACGCGCAGGAUGGCCGACCUGCGGAUGGACGACGCAUGUCGAAUAUGCCGCGAUGA